AUGAUGGCCGCUCACAUUGCCCCCGCGCAGGUAUUCUCGCACUCUGCGAAUGACCCGAUCCCGCCGGCACCGGACUACUUCGCGCUUCCUCUGUCGUUAUCCCUCUCGACCCUGCUUCGGACACGGUCGGCCCGACGCCGGAGUGUCUGUACCACCACCACCGACGUCACCGAGGAACAAUUUCCCAAGGUCGGUCGACGCGGGUCGAUUUUGAGGAAGCUGGCGGGCCCACGUGAGAACGCGAAGCGCUUUCUUCGCCUGCGCUCCUCCGGGAUCCCAUCGCCGACCCCACUGCACCUGUCACCGCGCUCCUCGCACAUCGGGCCUGUCUCAGAGAUCAUUGUGUCUCCCCGGAAUGCGGAGGUAGAGCUGCCGCCCUCCCCAUCAGAAAUGCAUUCGGGAUCCUCCACCGCCACCGAGGUCCUGCCCCGGGCAGUCCCCGACCUCUCGUCGACCACAUCCGGUCCCGAGUUGGUCACACCGUUCGCGCCCCUUCGCAACGAAAAGAUUGUUGCCACGGGAAGUGGCAUCACCGUGGGCAUUGCCCUGACAGAACCAGUGCUGUAUCUGCAGGGUUACGAUCACCAUGAUCCCAGCACAAAAACGUCGGCGAUUCUGCGCGGCCAAUUACAUUUGAAAGUGACCAAAUGUGUCAAAAUCAAAAAGAUCUCGAUCUGCUUUCGCGGACACGCCCAGACAGACUGGCCAGAUGGUAUCCCACCCAAGAAGGUCCAUUUCCAUGAUAAAAAAGACUUGUUCACCCAUGGCGUGGUCUAUUUCAACCAUGGCGAUACCGCAUUAAUGCAGAAUGACUACGGCGCACAUUUCUAUCAACAUGCGCGACCAAUCUCGUCCACGUCUGGAAAGGAGGCCGUCACGGCUACUACUCGAGAGCUGUUUUCCAAGAGCGGCUCGUCCACUAAUGUCAACCAGACGAGCCGAGAAACCAAGCGUCUUUCGCUGCAGUUGAAUCAGGGACAUUCCCGAAGCUUCAGCAAGAACGAGCCUCCCACAAGCACCCAGAACCAGCCGCAACGCAACUAUCGAAUGUUCCCGGUGGGAGACUACCUCUAUAGCUUUGAGUUCCCAAUCGAUGGCUCCCUCCCGGAGACGAUCAGGACCGAUCUAGGCUUCGUGCGGUAUGACCUUGAGGCUGGCGUGGAGCGAUCCGGCGCCUUUCGACCCAACCUCCUGGGCACGAUGGAGAUCCCCGUAAUCCGCACCCCGGCUGAGGGCUCGUUGGAGCAAGUGGAGCCGAUUGCAAUCUCGCGGAAUUGGGAAGACCAGCUGCACUACGACAUUGUCAUUUCGGGGAAGUCGUUCCCACUGGGAUCUCAAAUCCCCAUUGCUUUCAAGUUGACGCCCUUGGCGAAAGUCGAGUGCCACCGCAUUAAGGUCUAUGUGACGGAGAACACCCAGCAUUGGACCUCAGAUAAGAGCGUCCAUCGGUUCCAGCCAGCUAAGAAAGUGCUUCUUUUUGAGAAACGGGCCGAUUCGGCCAGCACAAGCACAUACCCCGGGAGCACCAUGCGGGUUACCGCAGGCGGUGGAAUUGAGUGGGAUCGCCGUGCAGCUGCCGCGAGAGGAGAAGAGCUUGUGGAUCGGGGACGGACAAAUUUGCUGGGGAAUCUCUCGAGCGAGACGGGCGUUGGUCCAACGGAGAUGGAGUUCAGCGUGCAGUUGCCGAGUUGUCAGGAAAUGAGGGCGCGGGACGAGGCCCACCGCCUGCAUUUUGAUACGACUUACGAGAACAUCCAGAUCAAUCAUUGGAUCAAGGUGGGUUUCGACACCUGUUAUCUUUCUGAUGCUGUACUAACUAUCUGUCAGAUUGUGCUUCGUCUGUCCAAGAUUGACGAAAAAGACCCGAGCAAAAGACGGCAUUUUGAGAUCUCCAUUGACUCCCCUUUCCACAUCCUCUCCUGCAAAGCAACGCAGGCUAAUAUCUACCUACCGGCGUACGAGGGACCUGCGCCGGAUCUGACUCCCCCGGCUCAGGAAUUUGAAUGCGGUUGCCCCGGUGCGCCCUUGGCAAUGUCUUCUCGAGACAGCAUCGCGACGCACGCUUCCGGGUCGGAUCGCGAGGACGUCAACUCCAAUCUGAAUCACCAGGGAUCCGCGAGCCGAGGCUUCUCACGAAGCUUCACAAACGGGUCGGGAGGCUUAGCCCAUCCACCCCAGGCACAUUUGGCUCAGGAGCAACACGAACGCAACAUCCCGCGCCCGAUGCAUCUCCUCCGCGUACCCUCGUACGCCCCACCGGCUUUUGAGGAUGUUGAGCCCGCCCCUCCUCUCAUCACCCCGCCACCAGAUUAUACCUCUAUCGUCGCCGACGGGGAUCGCGAGGCUGCGCUGGAGGAUUACUUCUCGCGGACCACAUUCGAGCCAGAGCACGACGAUGACCAAGAAGGGCGCGGCCUCGGUCGCGUCGAUGUACCACUCACUCCCGGCGGGCGCGUACAUCGCAGCAUGGACGUGCCGAGGGAGUGGGUUCGCCUCUCGGACUUUACACUUUAA